CUGCUCUUGAUUUGAACACUGAUUGUGGUUCACAAUCAGGUGCUACACCUAACUGUGGUGGAAGCAGAGUUUAUCAAUGGUUAAAAAAUAAUGGUCACAAUUAUGGAUUUAAGCGUACUGUUCAAUCAGAACCAUGGCAUUGGGAAUAUGUUGGAGCUGCUACUACUCCUAGUAGUUUCACUUAA